AUGAAAUUACUCAUAUUUAUAUUAACUAUUGCAAUUGCACAAUGUCACGCCAGUCCCAAGCUGGUCGACCCCACAAAAACCACCGUUUAUGGCAGCGGUUUGGAACCGGAUAAAAUUGUAUUACCGGCUAGAUUUUUCUAUAUACAUAUUUUAUUUUUUAAUAAUUUCAAUUCUUCUAGGUUCAAUGAAUCUCCGCCCCUAAAUUUUGAUGUACAAAUAGAUGGCAAAUCACCACACGGCCCAUGUCGUUCCAAAGUGGAUUUGAUUAAUCGUGGUGAUGGCUCUUUCAUUGCCCGUUAUAGCAUUAUCAGCGAUUGGUGUGAUAAAAUGAUUAUCAAUGUACGCUAUAAUGGUUCCCAUGUAGCUAAAUCACCAUAUUAUAUACGCGACUUGGUCUAUUCGGAAAAGUGUUAUUGUCCAAGAGAUCUGAAUAUUUGGCUAAUCGAUAAUGAAUGUAAAUCGGCCACUCAGGAAGAUCAAAUUGUAAGCGAUUUACAUUCCUUUAAGAGGGUCAACUUUAGUAUGAUCCGCGAUAAUCUCAUUAAGAGAUACAACCAACCGGAGAGCGUAUCGCUGUGCCAUUAUGUCGUGAAGGAUCAACAAAUUUGGCGUAAAUGUUACGGCAAAUAUGAUGGCUUUAAAAUGUUUAUGGAUGCCACACUCUUAGCAUUAGGCCGUGUUGUUGCCUUGCCCGAUAUGGAAUUCUUUUUGAAUUUAGGUGAUUGGCCAUUGUCACGUAAGGGUGGUCAACAACGUACUUCAGGGCCGUAUCCGAUAUUUUCAUGGUGUGGCAGUGAUGAUUCUUAUGAUAUAGUAUUACCCACCUAUGAUUUGACGGAAUCGACGGUGGAAAAUAUGCAACGUGUAUCGUUGGAUGUGUUGUCGGUGCAACGUGAAAAAUAUCCAUGGUCGAGUAAAGUUGAUAAAUUAUUCUGGAGGGGUAGAGAUUCGCGUAGAGAACGUUUAGAUUUGAUUGCUUUGGGCCGCAAACACUCGGAUAAAAUUGACGCUGCUUUAACGAAUUUCUUCUUUUUCCGCGAUGAAGAACAUAAAUAUGGACCCAAAGUACCGCAUAUCAGCUUUAUGGAAUUCUUUAAGUACAAAUAUCAACUCAACAUCGAUGGCACUGUGGCUUCAUAUCGUUUACCCUAUCUUCUGGGCGGUGGAUCCACAGUUCUCAAACAAAGCUCGCCAUAUUAUGAACAUUUCUAUCACAAACUAAAGGGUCAUAAACAUUAUCUACCCAUUAAGAGGGAUUUAUCUGAUCUCGUUGAAACCAUAACAUGGCUAAGAGAAAACGAAGACAAAGCUUUGGAGCUGGCAAAAAAUGCUCGAGAAUUUGUCAACUCAAAUCUUACGCCCAGACACAUUUAUUGUUACCACAUGGCUCUGUUUAAGGAAUGGAGUCAACGUCUAGUCUCACCUGUCAUGGUUCUACCCGGCAUGGAAAAACUUGAACAAACCCACAGUUGUAGUUGCAAAGAAACUCAUACUCGUGAUGAACUGUAAUCUCGU